AUGAGAGGGGAUGGGGAGGGUGAUAGGAAAACAAAACAAAAAAAAAGAAUCAAUAUUGUGAUGUGGAGAUUGUUGAUGUGUAACCAAGUGAAUUCAUCGCCGGUUGUACCAUUAGUUGAACCGAUUCCAAAAAACGGACCUGGAAUUAAAGUUUUAGUUAAUCCAUCGGAUGCUGGAAAAAUAAUUCCAAUCAAUGGAACUCCCAAAGGAAAAGAAAUAUCAUCUACGAUUUCGAAUAAUACGCCUCCCCGAAUAAAUAACGUUCGUACCAAUUCUGAAAAAUUUUUGAACGAAACGAAACGAAGUAAGAUUUUUUUUUACAAAUUUUUUUUCGUCUCAUUAAUUUAUAAUUAA